AUGGGCCAGGUGAACUGCUGCCGCGGCCCCAGGGACGACCCUGACCCCGUGCAGCAGUGCACGCCUGUCCCAGCAUCACCCCAGCCGCUGCUCCGCCAGCGCGUGCGGCUGAGCCAGGGCCGUGCGACGAGGAAGAGGGACCUCCUCCUCUUCGGCGACGCCUUGGUCAUCGCCAAGCCCAAGCCACCAGAAGGAGUGGAAGGAGCCCGGGUGACCCAGCUGCCCUCCAUCAAGCUCCUGCUGCAGGAGCUGAGCGGCCACAAUGCCGCCACGACGCUGCACGCCAGCAGCCUGCAGAGGCUGGUCCAGGGCCAGGCACAGGCUGGUGCAGAGCAGCGGCCACCUCCCGUCCCCUCCGGCGGCAGCAGCGAACGUGGCCUUGGCCCCUCGGCUGGUGAGUGCGGAUGCAGAAGACGGGGGCAGGACGGCCCUUCUCCCCUCCUCUGCCCGGCGGCCACUCCUGCUGCACUGGCGCUGCUGCUGCCCUUCCCGCAGGGCACGGCCGUCCCCAUCGCUCUGCGGCGGGACAGAGCUGAGCCCCGGGGCCCCUCGCUCCCAAACGGCGCCCCUCUGCCUCUGCCUCUGCCUCUGCCUCUGCCUUGCUUUCAGCGGCGGGGGGACAGCGCCCAGAGGCCCCGGGAGCGCUCGCCCGGCGCUUCUCCUCCUCCACGGCUCUUUGCUCUCUUGUCCUUGGCAGCAGGCGGGACCCGCAGGAGGAGGAGGGGGCUGCCCUGGCCCUUCGCACGGCGGCGAGGCAGCUCGGCCGCUGCAGAGGCAGCCGGGCAGUCGGGCUCUGGCGGCAGGGGGGCUCUCUUCGGCCAGCCCCUGGCAGCUCUCUGCAGCCAGGACGGCACGCUGCCCCAGCCCAUCCAGGUAAGCAAGCCUGGCCAGGGGGUGCCCAUCCCGCUGGCUCCUGCGGACAGGCGCUGUCCCCGGCAGAGGAAGCCCGGCUGGGGCUCGGGGACAAAGCCGGCUCCUCCCCGCGGGGGUCCCCCACCUCCAGCCACCCCUCUGUCCCGCCCCGGGGAAAGCAGAGCCGGCCACACUGGCUCCUGCCCCGGAGGGAGGGAGGGAGGGAGGGAGAGAGGGAGGGACCUGCUGGCUCUCCUGGCCGAGCACGGGCCAUCCACGGAGGGGAUCUUCCGGCUGGCGGUCAAGGAGCACGUCUCCCGGGAGCUGAGGGAGGCCCUCGACAGCGGCGCAGAGGUCCACCUCGAAAGCCAGCCUGCGCACGUGCUGGCCGUCCUCCUGAAGGACUUCCUGCGGAAGAUCCCCUCUAAGCUCCUCGGGGCAGAGCUGUACGAGGAGUGGAUGAGCGCCCUGCAGAAGACCAGCAGGCAGGAGAAGCUGGCAGCACUCAGGGAGGUGGCCGGCAAGUUGCCCCAGGCCAACCUCCUGCUCCUCAAGAGCUUGCUGUCCCUGCUGCAAAGGAUCAGCAGAAACGCGGCCAGCAGCAGGAUGACUGCCGGCAACCUGGCCAUCUGCGUGGGGCCGAACCUGCUCAGCCCACCCGAGGAGCAGACGCUGCCCCUGGACGCCCUGGUGCAGGUGACGGGGCAGGUACGCCGUGUUUAGCAGCUGGCGCCAGCCUUGCGGGCCCAGCCCAGCUUUGGUGUUCAGAGGUGCCUGGCUGCCUCCUCUCUUCCGCAAACGCUGGUGGGGGAGCUGCUGGGAAGAGCAUCCCCACAGCUGCAGCUUUCUGCGCAGAAGCGAGGGUCGGGAUCAGGAAAGGCUCCUGUUUGACCCCUUUUCAGCCACCCAGGUGCAAACCACUGGUUUGCUGUGUGCAGGUGACAGGGCUGGUGG